AGGGGGGCGGGGCCUGUAGUGGCGGCGGCGGAGGGUGGCGCGUUCCAAGAUGGCGGCGCUUUUGUGUCGGCAGGCUGCCGCCCGGAGCUGCCUGGCCUGGCCCCUGCCCCGCCGGACCCUGCACGCCAGCUCCGUCUGCCCCAAGAACUGGGCGGCACGGGUGCGCGUAAGUAAGGGGAAGAAGCUGGUGACCUAUGAGGCCGCCCACCCGCCGCACUACAUCGCUCACCGCAAGGGCUGGUUGUCCCAGCACACCAGCAACCUGGACAGCGAGGAAGGCGCAGCGGAGCGCUUGGUGGAGGAUGUCUUCAUCCGUCGCUUCCUCCAUGGCACCUUCGUAGGCCUCCUGGCUCAGGAGCCAGUGCUGAAGCGCCGUGCCAACGUGCUGAUCAUCUGCCUGGUGCUGUUCCAAAACAUAGCGCCCGCCAAGAUAUACUUCCUGGCCGCCUACACAGAGACACUCUUCUCUCACUUCUACAAGUGUCCUGUCAAGCUGGAGUUCCAGACCGUGUCCAGCAUGCUGGUCUACAAGUAUCUGUAGGUGGCCGCGCAGCCCCAUGGGGUGGGUGCCACCAUUGACCCAUGUGAUCCCGCGUGGUGCCACCAGGGGGCACCGUGGAUCCAUGUGAUUCCCCCCCUUGUGACAACAUGGACCUAUGUGAUCCUGUAGUGCCCCUAGGGUGCUCUGUCAGCCUGUGUGGUGCCCCUCACUCCUGACAUGCUGGUACUCCUCUGUGUACUCCUCCGUGAUCCCUUCUGGCACCACCAGGGGGCGCUGGUUGCCACCCAGAUGCCCCUCCCACUUCCUCACCCCCACUGGCACUGUUGACCCCCAAGCUGGGGCGGGGCCAGAUGUACUAGGGCAAUAAAAGGACUGAGCUGGCAAGGUGUA